AUGCCAAACAACGCCGAAUCUCCCGCUUUUGUGUACAAACCCGUACCACUAACAAAGAAACUACAUACAUCGGUGUAUGACGCUAUGGAUCCUUCACAGCCUUCAGUUUCCCAAGCCGGGAAGACUGUUUUCAUCACUGGCGGAUCUGCUGGUAUCGGAUACGCCAUCGCCAACAACUUUGCUUUGGCUGGUGCAGACAAGAUCAUCAUCACUGGAAGAACGCGCCAAAAGCUUGACGAAGCGAUGGCAAGACUCACUCAUGAUCAUAGCGAUUGCGACACCAAAUUUGAGGCGGUAGUCUGUCAGAUAUCUGACUCCAGAAGCAUUGAUCAGGUGUUUGACAAUUUGGGUGCAAAUGGUGUUCAUGUGGAUGUCUUGGUCCUCACUGCUGCUCUCAACGUUGAAGGGACGUUGUCGGGUCAAGGUUGGGAGAAGACGUGGGAGCAGUUCGUGGUCAACACUCGGGCGCUGCACCAGCUUUGUGAUCGAUUGCACCGUCAAGAUUACCAUAUAGUCAAUGUCUCAACGGGUGCCAUCCAUGACUUCGGUAGCCCAAAGAAUCUCUCAUCGUAUUCAUUGACCAAGGCAUCUGGGACUAUUCUUCUCCAGAAACUUGCAGACGAGAAGGAUGCAUCUCAAACUCAGAUCGUAAGCUUCCAUCCAGGGGCCAUCCUGACAGACCAAGCUCGAGAGAAAGGGAUGACAGAAACGACGAUGAAUUGGGACGAUGUGAGUCUUCCAGGCGCGUUUGCUGUAUGGUGCGCGUCGGGGGAAGCUGCUUUUUUGCAUGGUCGAUUUGUGUGGUCAGCUUGGGAUGUCGAUGAGUUGAAGAGUGGACCGAUUAGGGAUAGGCUUGACAAGGACGGCCAGUUCCUUCGCAUUGGUGUACAUGGUUUGUAG